AAACAGUCCAGUAGUGGUUUGUAGUGACUCAUUUCAGUGAUGUUGUUUUUCUUUCUCAGAUUUUCAGUAUGGAUGUGGUUCACCUUUCUGUCUUCUUACUGGUGCAGACUCACUUUUGCUGGGGUCAGAAUACAAUGGUCGCUCCCUCUCAGCCAAUCAGAGCGCCCGUUGGCAGUGAUGUCACUCUGCCCUGUCAGUUGGAGCCUGUUAAAGACCUCAGGAACAUGGUGGUGGAGUGGGCACGACACGACCUGACUCCACGCUACGUCCACAUCCGCCGCGAUGGUCUGGACUUCCUCAGGGACCAGAACUCCCUGUACCUGGGCCGCACGUCUCUGUCUGAGAGUCGUCUGCAGCAGGGGGACAUGUCCCUGAGUCUGACCCGAGUCAGGCCCAGUGAUGUGGGCACGUACACCUGCUACAUGCCCCAGAUUAACGUCAAAGCGGAGGUCUCUCUGCUGGUCGUGUCCGUGGCUCCUCCCUCUGUGAGUCUGACCAAAGAGCGCUCGGGGUCUCCUGUGCUGAGGUGUGAGUCCAGGGGCUGGUACCCGGGGCCGGAGCUGGAGUGGCUGGACUCAGAGGGGACGGUUCUGCUCAGGACUGAGGCUCAGAGAGGAGAGAGUGACGAGCUGUUCACUGUGAGCAGCAGACUGAGUGUGGAGCAGAGGCUCGGAAACACGUUCACCUGCAGAGUGAAGCAGCAGGAGAGCGGCCAGAGCAGAGAGGCCCAGCUCAGCAUCGCAGAUGAAUUCCUGGAGUCGUGUUCGUUCUUCUCUUGGGCCUCGAUCCUCUUGGGUUUGGCUUUGGGGCUGGUCCUUACAGCAGCUGCUGCUCUGGUCGUGUGGAAGUUUAAAUCUAAAAGUAAGUCCAGGUUUAGUGUUUUCAUUCUUUUGACUGAGCAGCAGAGAGUUUUGGGGGACUGCGUCUCGCAGGUGGUGCAGUCAGAGCGGACACAUCCAUGA